AGCUAAUCCUGUUGUAGUGCAACAAAGUCAAAUCAAUACCUCAGCUCCCCACCGACGUCAAUCAUAGGCGGAAUUCAACAAAUGAUUGGAAGCCAUGUGUUAUUGUGUAUAGCAUUAACGAGAUUGACUUGACAUAUGGGGGAGAGGUCCUACCCGUGAGAGACUCAGAUAUAAAUACCAGCUGCUUGUCCUGCUAAAUCUGUUUUCCGGUCUUCUUCCUCAAUUCAUCAUAACACAGUCACAACAAGUAUCCUCAACAAACAAUUCCUUAGCCAACAUGGAUUUCCAAUCGAGUGCUCAAAACAUUCGCGUUGAGGGAAAGAAUAUCUUGGUUGCUGAACUCCGAUGCGAGGACGGUGAAUGGCGCGAGGCGAGAGUUGAUCUGGAUGAGCAUCUCGGAAACGACGAUGGCCACUUUCAAUGGGGCGGUCGGAACUUCUCCGACACUGCUGAAGAUGUCCAUUUCGCGAUCGAGGGCGGUUCAAAUGUCCCUGUUCUCCGCGCCCAAUUGCGCGAUCGGAACGGUAACUAUCAACCACGCGAUGUCAACCUUGGUGAACGUGUCUCCAAUGCAAAUGGAUACUUUCAUUUCCAGUACUGAUUCGAUCCCUAUAUUAUGAUAUUAUUUGACUAUGGUUGGAAGGACACCUGCGAGGCACAUUAUGCUCUAGCAUACAGCUGCAAAGUGCCGUUACGAUUUAUAAAUACUUGUUGUACCUAGUAUAGCUCUUCGGUGUAUGCGAUACCUUUGAACGCGAAUCCCUCCUGGAAUUAUGUCUCUACUGCAAGAGUCAUACAUCAAGUACUAUCAGUACAGGCACAUGAGUACCCUGAAACGAAACAACAGGUCAUUACCAGCAAGAUGAUAAAGGGAAUCUG